AUGGCCUCCGUAUUUUUGGGAGUCUAUGUCGCUCUGUACGACUACCAGGCCCAGAACGACGAGGAGCUUUCCAUCCAGGAAAACGAUCUUCUUUACCUUCUCGAAAAGUCCGAUAUAGAUGACUGGUGGAAAGUGAAAAAGAGAGUCGUCGACGCAGACGUCGAAGAACCCUCGGGACUGGUUCCCAGUACCUACAUCGAGCCGGCGAAGGUGAUAGGCCAUGCCAGAGCCCUGUACGACUAUGACAAACAGACAGAGGAGGAACUCACCUUCACCGAAGGCGCCCAAUUCGACGUUUACGAUACCUCUGAUCAAAACUGGACUCUUGUUGGCUUGAAUGGUCAGCAAUUUGGAUUUGUGCCUGCUAAUUACAUAGAGAUGGGGCAGACUCAACAGCCUGCCUUACAAGCGCCACAACUGUCUUCCUAUGGAUCCAGUACCGCUCUGAGAAAUUUCCCUCCUCCUCCGCAGAGAGCCGACGUGCGUGAGGAAAGAGCUCCAUCGAUCGCAUCUCCUGCACCACAGAUGCCUACUCGGCCGAAUCUGGCCGACUCUGUGCGUUCUCCAGACGAGGAAGCGCCUCCUCCGAUGCCUUCCAGACCAAGAAGCAGCACCGUUAAUUCCAGAAGAAGCGUGGUUUCCGACACGUAUGCCGAGUCACGCGACUCUGAUGGUGUGCCAGCCACUCAGGACAACGAUGCAUUUGUGAAGGACGACUUCUUCACCUGGACGGUGUACGAGAUUGACGGCAGGAAGAAAAAGAAGGCCACAUUUGCCAUUGGCAACUCGUCGAUUUUCAUCACUCCGAGCGGGUCGUCGGAUUCCAGAGAUUGGAGCAUCAACGAUUUGCUCAGUUACAGCCACGAGAAGAAGCAUGUGUUCCUAGACUUCAAGAACCCGACUGCUUCUUAUGAGUUGCAUGCUGGAACCAAAGAUUCUGCAGAGGCUAUUGUGUCGAUCUUGGGAGAUCUCAAAGGCAUGGCCUCGAUGAAUGUCCUAAAGGACGUCAAGGAGGCUUCAAUUCCCAACACGAAGAAACAGGGGAAGAUCAUUUACGACUUCGAGGCCGCCUCUCCAGACGAGCUCACCUGUUUUGAGGGCGAUACCGUCAACAUCAUUAACGACAAAAAGAGCAAGGACUGGUGGAUGGUGCAGAACGUCGAAACCGGAGAACAAGGGGUUGUCCCUUCAAACUACGUCAAGGUUAUCGGCCCAAGCUCUGGAUCCGCUGCGGCCGCCGGCCUGAGGUCGUUGUUCUCCAGGAAAGGCUCUUCCUCGUCGCUGAGUCCGAAAAAGAAACGUGUCGAGAAGGAGAAGAAAAAGGAGGCCGAAAGAGAGUUGGCUAUCGAAAGAGAGGAGCUGGAGAGACAGAGACGUCGCCAGCAGCGCAAAGAGAGGGAGCUCAGGGACCGUUCUGAAAGAGAGAGAAUCAGAAAAGCCGACGAAAGGGAAAGAGAAAAAAGAGCCAAAUCCAGCUCCAAGCACAAGGACUCGUCAAAGCCCAACCCCUACCGUGUUCGUACGUGGAUCGACAGAUCUGGCUCUUUCAAAGUCGAGGCCGAGUUUCUCGGAUGUUCUGAUGGGAAGAUCCAUUUGCAUAAAGUGAACGGUGUCAAGAUCGCUGUUGCUGCUCAGAAGUUAUCUGUGGAGGACUUGGAGUUUGUGGAGAGGAUUACCGGCAUGUCCCUGGAGUCUUACAAGGACAAAAAGCAGUCGCCUCCUCAGCGUUCGGAGCCUGCUCCAGCUGUUGUUGCGGCUCCAGAAAAACCAAAGAGCUCUGCUAUACCGUUCAACGAGAAAUUGUAUGAAUUUUGGUUCGACUUCUUUGUCACUUGUGGAGUCGACGCAAACGUUUGUGACAAGUAUGCCAGAAACUUUACCACAGAGCAGAUGGACGAGGCUAUCAUGGCAGACAUCGAUACUCCUUUGAUGAGAACACUUGGAUUGAAAGAGGGAGAUAUUUUGAGAGUCAACAAGUAUCUGGAUAGCAGGUUCAAUCGCAAGCCAGAGCCUAUCUCGACCCAGCCAACUAACGGCGGCCUCUUCAGUACCAAUGACGGCUCGUUAAAGACCAACAAGGCCAACGCAUCGUCGGACUCGGUGAACGGCCAAAAUCUGAAGCAGCAGUUCGAAGACGACGCCUGGUCCUUGAAGCCGGCUGCUAAGACUGGUGAGUCCAGGCCAGUGACACCACAGCUCACUGGAUCGAUCCAGGAUCUAGUGAAUAUCAAGCCAAUGGAGCCAACCAAGAGUGGCCUUGUCGAGUCUUCAGCUUCAGCUCCUGCGCCUCAAAAGCCUACAUCGACGGGAUCGGCCAGUACCCUUCCAGCUGUUACCCCUCAGAAGACUUCGGGCACGCUGAAUCCGCAAUUGACAGCCAUGCAGACCGGUGCCCUGAUGGCAAUGCCUACCGGUUUCAUGCCUAUCACCAUGGUUCCUAUGCUUACAGGCCAAGCCACCGGCUUGAUACCUUUGCAGCCAACAGGAAAGAUCAUGCCGGCUACCACUUUUGCUCAAAGGACCGGAGGCACCAUGCCAGCCACUACCUUUGCUCAGAAGACAGGUGGCUUCAUGCCUGUGACCACAUUUGGCUCUUUUGCUCAGCCUCAGCCUACGGGAGGCUUAGUGCCUCUGCAGCCAACGGGUCUGGUGAUCAACAAGACAGGAGGAAUGCAAAGAACUGGAGGCAAUCUGGUGCCUUUGCAGACCAGCUUCCCAGCAAUGCAGGCUACCAUGAAAACAGGUGGCUUGAUGGGACAACCUCUUGGCACGUUUGGACAGCAGACUGGCCUGCAAGGCGGAGUGAUGGGACAGCAGACUGGAUUCCAAAAUGGUGGUUUCGGCCAGCCAACCGGCUUCCAAUCCGGGUAUCAGCCAGGUUUCCAGCCAAGCAUCCAGCCAAACUUUCAACCGAACUUCCAAACAGGUCUCCAAACAGGAGCACAGACAGGAUUACAAAAUGGACUAACGGGUCAGCGUACCGGCUUUGUUCCUCAGAGCCAGUUCGGUAUGAACCAGCUCAGCAAUAUGUUUGCGCAAACGUCGCUCGGUGGUCCAACGGGUGUAAAUAACAUGAACGGCAUGAGUACCGGCUUCAACACCAUGUCGAACCCGGCCUCGAGCUUCAAUACGGGUCUGAAUAUGAAUGGCAUGAACCAGUUCCCACCGACCAGCUUUAAUUCUUCGUUCAACGAGCCUUUAACUUCGCAGCCAACUGGACUGGGCUUUGGUAAUGCUCCAUCCACAUCUUUUGGGCUCCAAAGUCAACCUACCGGCAAGAGAGCUAAUCUGGCUAAUGCUACCGCAGAUAAUCCGUUCGGAUUUUAG